AUGGCAUCUAUCCUACUAGUAACACUGCUGCUUGGUAUCUAUCCCGUCCUGAGUGGGGCCUCGUUACCAGAGUCUUGCUCCUUCAAUGUUUCCGUGCCUGAAAAUGCGGCACCCGGGACAGAGGUUGUGGACGCGUCGUGUUUGUCGUCGCUACAGAAAGCGAAACUUCCUUGUGUGAAAACGGAGGGAGAUCCGUACGGCAGGUUCCUUCUGACUAAGGAGUGCGCCCUUGUUGUUGCCAACCCUUUGGACUGGUCAGUACGGUCGGAAUACACUAUCAAGAUUCGCGUUGGGGAUCGUCGUGAAGUCAGGAGUGUGUCGAUACAGGUUACCGACGUCCCGGGCUAUCCUCCCGUGUAUAACGAGACGUGUGAGACUCCGAUCAACCCCACCGAGAGCAACAUACGUUACAAAUGUAAAGUUCCCAAAUUAGGAGGACCAGUGAGAGCAGACAGACCCCAAAACCCAACGCAACUUGUACAUGUACAGUCGGCAGAUGUAGAACUCAUUCCGCAAGGCUGUCCUGUUGGGAAAUACGGCUUUCUCUGCGAUCAAGACUGUAUCUGUAAGAACGGCGCCCGCUGUCACGGGUUUAAUGGGGCGUGUAAAUGUCAACACGGCUGGCAAGGUGUAGCCUGUGACAUUCCUAAACCUGACAUCGCCGCAACAACGACAUCUAGCGAUUCGCGAGCCAUCUACAUUUCCGCCAACGUGACAAUUCAAUGCCGCGUGUAUAACAUAGAUGUCGACACCUUGUCGCUGCGGUUUCCAAACGCAUCUGUGAUCACAAGGGAAGGUGUUAAGCGAUUAGACAUCGUUUUUAACGCAGAGUUACACGAUAACGGCCCCUACACGUGUCAGGCCAUAGACAAAGAAGGAAAGGUCUUGUCCGCAACAAUUGUGUUAAACGUUAACUGCCCUCCAAAUAGAAAAGGCAAACUUUGUGAUGAAGCGUGUGAUUGCGUACAAGGCACGGGUUGUGACCGUUGGACUGGUUGUGUCUGUCCGCCUGGAUUUUCUGCCAGAAAGACCUGUGACUGCAAUGGGGGGAGCUGCAGCCAUACCGACGGCAAGUGUGCCUGCACGGCUGGCUGGUACGGGUCGGACUGCAGAGGACCCUGUCCCAAAGGCAGGUACGGUUGGCGGUGCCGACGGGUUUGCAGCUGUAAGAACAACGCCACCUGUCACCACGUGGACGGCAACUGCACCUGUGCGCCACCGUGGGGAGGGAGGGACUGUGACGAGCUUCGCGUCACUCAGGCUGCGUCGCUACUCGAAAUCCUUGUUCCCCUGAGCUCAAUAAUCCUAGUUGUUAUCGUAGUGCUAGUCGUGCUCUAUAAGACUGGCUGUUCCGGGAAAAAAGACGACCAGGAAGCCGAAGUUCUCCGUGAGCUCAGGCGUGUGGAGGAGGAUCUAGCGCAGAGCCUACAACCGGGCUGGCUCAGGCGCUGGGAAAAGAAGAUCCGCCAUCUUACUCCUGGGGAUCUGAUUGGACAAGGAAAGUUUGGGGAUGUCAUACAAGCCCAGCUUCGCACACCGAAAGGUAAAAUCGUCGUGGCCGCCAAGACAGUCCGUCAAGAAGACGCACAGUCCUACCGAGACUUUUACCGAGAAGCCGCCAUACUAGUUGUAGUACACGAAGAGAAAAACCACGACGUUCACAAGUCAAACAUCGUCCAACUGCUUGGGAUAAUCACCGCUAAUGAGAAGUAUCUUCUUCUAGAAUAUUGCCAGAAAGGAGAUCUUCUGUGGGUCCUUCAUCAGUUUAGAUGCGGCGAGGAGGACGGUCAGACUGCUCCAGAUCUUCUUCGCCGUCUUCUCCGAUACGCAGUGCACGUGGCACGAGCGCUAGGAGAACUGGAACGUCUGCGCAUCGUUCACCGCGACGUGGCCGCUCGGAACGUCUUGAUCACGGUGGACGAUAUGGCCAAGUUGGCCGACUUCGGGCUGGCACGAGACGUGUACACCGCCGAUAACUACGUCUCCACGAGCCACAAACUUCUUCCGCUGAAGUGGAUGACCUUGGAGUCCAUCGAGACCGGUGAGUACACCUGUCAGAGUGACGUCUGGUCCUUCGGCGUGCUGCUAUGGGAGAUCGCGACACUGGGGAAAGAUCCGUGCUACGGCGACAAGAUUCACCCGAAUGUUCCCGAGCUAGCAGCAAUCCUAGCACAGGGGAUCCGCCUGCCGAGACCACCGGGGUGUCCGGAGGGUCUGUACGGGCUGAUGCGCGCCUGUUGGCGAAGAAACCCCGCCGAGAGACCCGGUCCCGAUGCGUUAGAAAAGUGGCUGGUAGCGCCUUAUGAGAUCGUGGAAAUAGAGACGGCGUUGUAGGACUUGAAAUACCCCUGUCAAAUUAUUUUCGAUCGUCGGGCGAAUCGAUGGAAGAUGGGCCAUAU